AUGCCUUCGUCGGGACGACGAGGAGAGGACGUCCAGGAAGGGACGCCGCCGGCCAUACCGGCGAGGACGAUAGCCGGGAGGCUUCUCGGAGCCCUGCUUUUGCUCGUCGUCCUCCUCGAGCAACAGCCACGAGCGAGCGGCCUGAUGAGCAAUUCGGUGGACGAGUGGGUGAGCAGUAACGCGGUGGUGUGCAACGGCAUACCGGGCCUGACGAAGGAGCAGCGCGAGCUCUGCCAGCGUAACCCGGACGUGACCGUAGCGGCGAUCAAAGGCCUCCAAAUGGCUGUGGCCGAGUGCCAGCACCAAUUCAUGUGGCACAGGUGGAACUGUUCCUCGCUCACGCCCAGCAGCGUCACCCAGCACAGCAGCGUCAUCCUCCAGAGAGGUUACAGGGAGACUGGCUUCGUGUAUGCUAUUGCGUCGGCCGGAGUGGCGCACAGCGUGUCCCGAGCUUGCAGUAUGGGCAGAUUGAUAUCCUGCGGCUGCGACCCCUCGAGCUACACGGGCAAAACGGCGAAACCCGGUUCCGGCGGUACCCAGUGGAAAUGGGGCGGCUGCUCGCACAACCUCGACUUCGGCAUGGAGUUCUCGAAACAGUUCCUAGACGCCCGCGAGGUCGCCGGCGACAUUCAGUCCACCGUCAAUCUGCACAACAAUCAAGCCGGCCGCCACGCGGUGGCGAGCAACAUGCAGAUGCGGUGCAAGUGCCACGGGAUGUCGGGCUCGUGCGAGCUCAAGACCUGCUGGAAGGUCGUGCCGGAUUUCCGAAUAGUCGGGCGCACCCUGAAGAACCGCUUCCGCAACGCGGUGGCCGUCGUCCAGAGCAACUUUGGCAACGUGACGCCGCUCAACAGAGCCCGGGGCGGCUCCCGCAGGCGAGGGGGCGGCAACGCCGGGGGAGGUGGCGGUAGGGCCGAGCGCAACCAGCAGCGCCGACGGCGGCAACGACAGCAGCGCAAGCAGCAUCGGAGGAACUCGGGGAGAAAGGGCCGGAAGGCCCAGAACUUGGCGAGCCAGCUGUUCUUUUACCAAAAGUCGCCCAACUUUUGCGAACGGGAUCCCCAGUCGGAUAUUGCGGGGACCUCGGGGCGCAGGUGUAACCGGCCCAGCGCGGGGGGCGACGGCUGCGCUUCCCUCUGCUGCGGACGGGGCUACAACGUCGUGCGCCAGCGCAGGGUCGAGAGAUGCGGCUGCAAGUUCCACUGGUGUUGCUUCGUGCAGUGCCAGAACUGCACCGUCGAGGAGUGGAUCACCGUGUGCAAGUGA